AUGUCUAGUCCAGACACCUCUCCAGGCGUUGGACCUUCGCGUUGGGACCCGCUGCUGAUUGUCGCGGUCGGGGUAAUUUGUUUGAUCUUUCUUCUAUUCAGUUACUUCAAGAUAAUACAGACACACUGUUGUGGAUUUCUAUCUGUGCAUUUCUACAGAAACCCAAGGCACCAACUAAACGAGCAAAUUCUCGAAGAUCCUGAUUCACAGGUCCGAAGCCGUGGACUAGACUCUUAUAUUAUGCAUUCACUGCCAAUCACUCAGUUCAAGAAGAACGACGAACAAACCACCAGACCGACUAAUGCAGAUUGUGUGGUUUGUUUGGGUGAAUUUCAAGAUGGUGAAUGGCUGAAACACUUGCCUUAUUGCUCUCAUAUUUUCCAUGUUGCCUGCAUUGACACUUGGUUUCAGAUUCAUUCGAGCUGCCCCUUAUGCAGAUCAAAUGUAGUUAGUGUCAAGAUGCAGCAAGCACAUUCCAUUACUAUGAACUCAUUACUGGAAACUCUGAGAAGGGAAGAUUUUUAUCAUGAACGAUUAGUAAACAACGAGGAUAUCCGGUCACAGAUACUACAUAAUCAUUCUUCUAGAGCUGUAGAAGGAAGUGUUGACUAG